AGUAAACGUUUAAAUUUUGUGGCAAUCUAUGGACUUUCAGAGCGAACAACCAACGUCAAAAAACUCGGCUAUGAAGAGAAAACGAGAGAAAAAUUGGACAGAUUUCUCUAAAGAAACAACAUUUCAUGGUGUAAAGAAUAUCUUUGCCAAAGAAACAUCAUUAUUUAGGCGUAUUGGAUGGGUAUUUAUUGUUUUUGGAGCAAUUUUUCUAUUCUGUUAUCAAGUUGUAAGAAGAGGAAUGGACUAUAACAAGAAAGAUGUAACAGUAAAUGUUGAAGUGAUAUACUCAAAAAGUCUGGGAUUUCCAUCAGUUACUGUCUGCAACCAAAAUAAAUUCAGGUAAAUCUAGAAGUCUGCUUAGCCAAUACGCUUUGAAUAAUACAUUAUUUCAUACUUUUCAUAGUUUAGUGUUUUAUAUAAAGUUAGAAAUGCUACAGUAACUAUUCAAUCAAAUAUUCAUAAGGUUCCUUAUCUAAUAUUAUAAUGAGAUACUAAUUAAAUAAUUUAUUUCUAUAAAAAGGAUGAGUAGUACUGUUGAAUUGGGUUUAUAUGAAUAUAUUAGCAACAUUUACAACUCUGACUCUAAUGAAAAUACAUCAAUCUAUGAUGCAAACUUGCCUGGAAAUCUUAUAUAUGACACAGAAUUUGUCUUCAAUUACACAGCGCAUAGACAAUCUAAUUUUAUAUUUGAUUGUCAAUGGGCAAAUAAACCAUGUAAAUCUGAAUACAUUUCAAGAACUAUUACCGAGUAUGGAGUAUGUUAUACAUUCAAUUCUCCAUCUGCUCUGAAUGAAACCAAAGGCAUAAGCAUUGGUGAAUCUGGCAUGGCUAAUGCCCUCUCUUUUCUAUUCAACAUUGAGCAAUACGAACACAUGCCUGGACCCUUUAACAAUGCUGGUGUAAAAAUAGUCUUACACGACGAUUACAAAAAGCCGCUUAUAGCGGACUUGGGAUUCGCAAUUGCGCCUGGAAUGCAUACACUUGUUGGAAUAAAGCGAAUUGAAUCUUAUAAGCUCAGUAAUCCAUACGGAGAAUGUGUGAAAUCGGAAUAUAAAUCGCACGCCGAAUGUAUAGAUUACUGUCGGUUAAGCUGGGUAGCGGAUAUGUGCCACUGUAUUCCAUUCGAAGCGAUUCUCAUCCUAGGAAGGGCUAUAAAAAAUGAUAAAAGGUAUUGUAAUUUAUCAGAGACAUAUGGAUGUGUAAGAGCAUCAUUGGAAAAAGUACAAAAUGACAAAAAUAUACAUUGUUCAUGUUCUGUUCCUUGUUCACAAAUUAUUUAUGAACCUAAUCUCUCAUUUUCAUCAAUAUCAGAAUUUGCAGCCAAUAAGCUAUUAAACGGAAAUUCAACUGGAAUGAAUGAUUUAAAACAAAAAUUUUCAAAAAUUUUAGAAAUUAAAGAAAGAAGGGUUAAAAGUAAUUUUGAAAAAAAUACUGCAAUAAUCUCUCCAUUUACAACAAAAAUAUAUUUUGUCUUGCAACGACUCGAUGGUCCUUUUAGACAGUUUUUAACUGAUCAAGAAGAUAUUGCAUUGUUUAGGGCCAUUUUCUUUGAUUUAUAUAAAAUUAUGAUAAACUUUGGAACAAUGGCCGAGUCUUUUGAUUCUUAUCCAAUGAGACAUAUCAGACAACAACUACGUAUUAAAUCAAAUAAGAUUUAUCAAUAUAGAACAGGCCUAUUUGGACCAGUUUCAAUAGAGAAGGAAGAGAUGCUGACCAAUCUGGAAAACUGUAUAAAAGAUCUACACAAAAUGAAUGAAAGUUUGUUUAUUAUGGAUUGCAGUAGAUUUAUGAAACAUUUUAAAUUUUCUAAAUAUAAAAUACAUUUGAAAGACUUUCGCCUCUUUUGGAGUGUAGCUUUAAAAGAUUUUCAAGAUCAACUGAGUAGCAUAAUCCAAGCAGAAACUUUAGAGAAAAUGCAUAUUGAAGAAAUAGAAAGAAUAUUUGGUUUGAAUAUAAGUAAUCCAAAAAUACCAUUCAAUACAAUAUGUCAUCCAUUCUAUGAUAGUCUAGCAUUUAUGGAAAAUUCAAUGACAUUUCCAACUGUAUUUCAAAAUGAUAGUUAUGCUAAUAUUGGAACAAAGAUCAAUAUUGCUGUUAAAGCAUUAUUAAGCAUGGAGGAGAGUUUAUAUCAAAUUAAUUACUUUGAUGAUUCCUACUGUCUCCUUAACAAAAGAAUAUUCAUUGAGAUCGAUAAUAGAAUAAGGGAACUUUUAAUUCUUUCAGAAGACAUUUCUUUUGAAUUAGGAGAAUUUCAUAAAUCAAUAAGACCAUUUUAUGAUAUUCAUCAUUUGGUUCUCACUAAAACUCAACAAUUUCAAUCAUACUUACAUUUUAAUUCCACAAUAAAAAAGGCUAAUUUAUCAAAUUCUUUCAGUUUGAGUUGUUUACUUGAUAAUAUUAACAGUUUAAUGAAUUUCUAUGAAAAUAUACAAUCACAAAAGUCAACAUUUCAAAAUGCAAUAGAAAAAGUUUCCAGAAAACUUUCAGUUAUUGAAAAUUAUAUUGAUUUCAUAUUUAUGUGGCCAAUUGCAGUCAAACAUCCAGACAAUACAGAUAUUCAAUACACUGAUGUAAAUCAGGUUUAUUCAAUAAUUAAUAAGAAGAAAAAUGAAAAUAAUCUCAAUCUUAAUUGUCCAAAAGAAAGAUUGCAGAAUUUUUCAGGAUAUACUUGGAGUACUUGUUUAAAACAAUUUACAUAUGGAAUGAUUUCACACAAUUUUGAUUUUCCUAACAUUUCUCAACAAUCGUUUAUUGACGUUUUAAACAAAUUCAAUGACCUUCAACUUUUUUUGAAUGAAUUUGAUAAAAUUUCAAAGGUUGAUAAAGAUUUCUUCAGAAGGAAUUUUGCAAAAGUUGAUGUUUUCUACAAAGAAAUGAGCUUUCAGAAGAUAAUACAACAAGAAAAAUUUGCAUUUCUCUCUUUCAUCUCUGAAAUUGGUGGAUUUUUAGGUUUGGUUUUAGGCGCUUCUGUCAUAACAAUUAUUGAAUUUAUUGAUUUUUUUGCCCUUAAGCUAACAUCAAAAAUCUUUAGGAGAAUUUGAGAAAACUGAAAAUUGAAGGUAGGGACAUUUAAUUAAAAGAUUAUUAAACCUUUCACAAACAUUCUUUGUCAAUUUGCAGUUUUCUAAUUCUAAGGGUCAGGGGUAAUCAAAAAGGUUAGGGAGUGACAAGGGCUAGGUUAGGGUUAGGGUUAAAUCAUGCAUUGUUUUAAUGAAUUUAAUACAUUUUCAAAUUCAAUACAAACUUUAGCAGAGAGAUUAUUUUCCCUUAGAUUAAUACUUUCAAGUUUUUUGCACUUUUUUAAAAGUUUUAUUGUCAAAACAACAGUUUCUAAAACUAAUUGCCUUCAAUGUAUUUGAUGAUUUUUCCAAUUCUUUGCAUAUAUGGAAUAGUUCAUCAUUUAAAAUUAAAUUGGAAGAUAAAUUGACUUUUUCAAUUUUUUAACAUUUACUCAAUAGUUGUGUUAGCCUAUUACAACUUUCAUCCAUAAAGUCACAAUAUGAACAAUCAAUUUCUUUUAAACUUUUUACUGAUUUCCUAAGUCCAUUACAGAUUAUAGGCCAAAAAUUAUCUUGAUAAAAAGAAUUGAUGAAAUGUUGAUCAAAAAGAAAAAAAAGUUAUGUGUUUCAUGUUCAUCAAAGUAAGGAAAAGAUGAAGAGAAAUUUACAGUUUUGAAACGCAAUGAGUAACGAGAUAAGCGUUACAGCGGCUACAAAACAUCAAUUUUUGUUUAAACGAUUGUAUUAUUCAUCACAAUUUAUUGAUUGUUGUAAUAUUUCUCAAACUCAUCAACGGAUAUCUUAUGAAUAACUUGG